UGCGCAUGGUGCAGGGUGUUAGGUUGGGCCGGGAGUAUUGCACGCAUAUAGUGUUGAUAUUCCCGGCGUUUAGUGACUUGACUGUCAUCGCUUGUUUUUAAAUCUUAGCGUUUUGUGAAAAAAGAUAUGAGCUCGAAGGUGUCCUUCAAGAUUACCCUUACUUCAGAUCCGAAGCUGCCGUACAAAGUCCUCAGCGUGCCGGAGAGCACGCCGUUCACGGCCGUGCUUAAGUUCGCCGCCGAGGAGUUCAAGGUGCCUCCGGCCACGUCCGCCAUAAUCACCGACGAUGGCGUGGGCAUCAACCCCCAGCAGACGGCAGGCACGGUGUUCCUGAAGCACGGCUCGGAGCUGCGCCUCAUACCGCGCGACCGCGUGGGAUGCUGACCCCGUACCUGUCGGGCGGUGUCGAGCUGGCGGCGGCCGGACAGCGUCCAGCGGGCGGCGGCGCCGACAGCACCGCCGCUCUCUGGUGGCAGCGCUGCCGACACUCUGUCAGACGUUCGUGCUGUCGACACCAUUCCCCAAUGAACGUGACUCGCUUGUGUUUUGUGGUGGCUGCUGUUGAAUUUUCAUUAUUUUACUAGCAUAAAUAAGCGGUCGCACCGAGCGCUGUAGCAUGUACGUACCGGUGCGAACCCGUUUGCCCACUUUUCCAAAUUAAUAAACGGAUUUUGUAG